GUUCGAUAGGGAUGUUAAAAUAGAUUGUUUUUUUUACUGUUUUAGAGUGGCUCGAUGUGAGCUCGAUAUUAGUUCGAUAGUAGUUCGAUAGGGAUGUUAAAAGCUCGAUGUGAGUUCGAUAUGAGUUCGAUAGUGAAAAUUCCCUUAACAAAGUGGCUCGAUGUGAGCUCAAUGGAGCUCGAUAGGGAGUUCGAUAGGGAUGUUAAAAUAGGUUGUCUUUACUAUUUCAUGAUGGCUCGAUAGGUAGUUCGAUAGGGAUGUUAAAGUAGGUUAUUUUUACUGUUUCAGACUGGCUCGAUGUGAGCUCGAUAGUAGUUCGAUGGUAGUUCGAUAGGGAUGUUAAAGUAGUUUGUUUUUUUACUGUUUCAUACUGGCUCGAUAUGAGCUCGAUAUGAGUUCGAUGUGAGCUCGAUGGAGCUCGACAUCAGCAUUUUAUGAUGGUUUUUGCUAAUUUUUUUAUCGUACUCUCUUUUGCAGCAUAUUGAUGCGGCAGAACACAUGCUUCGUAUGCGCCGCAAGUAUUUUCCCAAUAUAUAUCGACAGAAUGCAGUUGUGAUGAACAGUUAUUUCUCACAAGUGAUACCUGCCCGAUAUGAUCAGUUCAAGAAAACAGCCGACAAAACAAAGUAUUAUUGGGAUGCUGACAUUAUGUCCAUGUUGACCGGCAUCGAGCAGCAGUUUCUGGCAUCUUGGGGAGGAGUUGAGGAUGUAUAUUGGUGCCAGAACUAUGGACAACAACAUUGGUUUGCCAUUGAGGCUUCCAUUUCUAGUUGGACUCUGACUGUUUACGAUUCAGACAACUCGGUGAUUAGUGACGCAAAGCUUGAGGAUAUUAUGAGUCCAUGGUGCUUUAUGCUACCUUCUCUGUUAAUGCAGAGUAAACUGUUUACUGAUAGCUUGAUGUUGAAGAUUCCAUCAGCAGGAAAUAGGCCGCAUCAGUUCACAUUGCGUCGCAAACAGAAACACGAGCUCCCUCAGUCAAAGAGAAGUGGGGAUUGUGGUGUGUAUGCUAUCAAGUAUAUUGAGCAUCUAAUGGUCGGUCUUCCAUUGGAAGCUAUCUGCGAUGAAAAUAUGGAGGUGUUCAGGAACAAGUGGACCACAGACUUGUGGUAUCAAAAUUUGUUACCUUGAUGAUUGUAUAUAUACAGGGUCUUUACAUGUACAGUUUGUUGUUCACAUUUUUUUAUAAUUUUCAUGGGCUGUUAUCGAGCUAAUAUCAAGCUAUAUCGAACUGUUAUUGAAUUAUCAAAAUUUGUUACCUUCAUAAAAAGAGUUUAUUAAUACAACAAGUUCAAAUGGG